AUGCCAACCGUCUCCGAGAUCAAACAAUACCUCGGCGGUCAAAUAUUUGGGAAGCCAUUUGUCCCAAAGGUUGACCUCUCGGACAAAACAUUCGUCAUUACAGGUGCAAACACUGGCCUGGGUCUCGAAUGUGCUAAGCAUUUAGCAAACCUCAAUGCCGCCAAAAUCAUUCUCGGCUGUCGAGACGUAGCCAAAGGCCAAGCAGCAAAGGAAAGCAUCCUGAACUCUACCAAUUCCCGUACAACCGAGGUUGAAGUCUGGCACGUCGAGCUCGGAGACUUCAAAGCUGUGUUGGCCUUCGGCGGCCGUCUCAGUUCGUUGCCUCGCUUGGACGGAUUCAUUGCGAACGCUGGCAUCGAGACCGUGACAUUCGAAAAAGCAGAGGGAUACGAGAAAUCCUUGACUGUCAAUGUCAUUUCGCCAUUCCUUCUUGCAGUUCUGGCGCUCCCGAUGCUGAAGGAGACAGCCAAAACCACGGGUCAUCACACGAACCUUGUCGCUGUGGGAUCCAUGCAACAUGUCUUUGCCCCAAGUGGCCAAUUGACGGUUUCAGAGCACCAGAGUAUCUGUGAGGCUCUUAGUGAUCCCAGCACGGCGGAUAUGAUGGGAAGGUACGAGCUUACAAAGCUCAUGGAACAGCUGUGGGAGAGAGAACUCGCCAAGCGAAUUGCUGUCGGCUCAAAGCAUGGUGACAUGCAGGUGGUGGUGAACUGCGUCAAUCCUGGCUGGUGCGCCACCGAACUCUCGCGAUACUAUGACAAGGGGCGAAUCGUUGGAUUUAUCUUCAGUCUCAUUGGAAGGACGGCUGAAUCUGGAAGCAGGACCCUCGUACAUGCUGUAACGGCCGGCAAGGAGACUCAUGGGCAAUAUCUGAGUGAGUGUCAAGUCAAGACCGAGGGGAGCUAUAUUCGAAGCUUGCAAGGUCAGCAGGCUCAAAAGAAACUCUGGGAGGAGCUAUCAGACAAAAUCGAGAGUCUGUCACCCGGGGCAAUGACAGCUGUGAAUUGA